CCAUUAGCAUUUGUAAUACCCAGUCUUGGCUGUCUUUCUGCCCUUCGGGCCUCCAGUACUUUUGAAAUGAAGUCGCAAUGGAGCUCUCAAAGCAACACCUUAAACCAGCCAACACACGGAGCUUGUUUGUGCGGCCAGUCAGGAACACCCGCGGUCGCGUUUGGGAGCAGAGAAGCCUUUGUGCAGGCGACAUUGCUCAUGUCUGGCUGUAGCGUCCACCUAACCGCAGUGCAUCCGCAGGGACCACGGCCCAAGCGGAAUGAGGUACGGCCCCGGGCCCGUGAGCAAACGCUGGUUUGUGGGCUGCACCACGUACCGGCGGGGGAGAACUGACACGCGGCUGUCGGGGCUGCUGCCGGCGCGUCCGGGCACGGCCCAUCUGCCGAGCGCCCGGCAUGGUCAGCAGCGAGGCGCCCGCGUGUGUCCGCUCCGUUCUCACGGCUGGAGCGUGCCAAGAAGGCGGCCGGUGGCAGUUCCCCGCACAACAACGGCCAGCCCGGAGGCCACCGGGGCAGCCGAGCUCAGGUCCGACCGAGCGCCACCCACCCAGGUCCCACCGCCCCUCAGCCUCACGUCGGGUCCGCCCCGCCCUGCGGCCCAGGCCCGCCCCAUCCCGCCCCGGCCGUCCCGUCCUGGCGGCGCGGCGGGGAUGGCGGCGGACGGGCGGCACGAAGACGAGGAGCUGCCGGUGUACCUGGCGCGGCCCGGCACGGCGGCGGUGCCUCGUCAAAAGCGCGGGGGCCUCUUCUGCAACGUCGAGGGCGCCUUCGAGAGCAAGACCCUCGACUUUGGGGCACUGCGCGUUGGGCAGCGCCGCGCCCCGCCGCCCGCCCGCCCCGGCCCCGACCCUCCGCCCGGCGCGGCCCCCGGCCCCGGUCCGGCCGCUGGCGACCUCCGCGCCACGUCCGGCGAAGAGCAGCUCCAGGGCGCAGCCCCCGCAGCCGACACGAGUGAUCGUCUCCUUAUUAAAGGAGGGCGAAUAGUCAAUGAUGACCAGUCAUUCUAUGCUGACAUUUACAUGGAGGAUGGCCUCAUAAAGCAGAUCGGAGACAACCUGAUUGUUCCUGGAGGGGUCAAAACCAUAGAAGCCAAUGGGAAGAUGGUGAUCCCUGGAGGAAUUGAUGUCCACACUCGCCUGCAGAUGCCAUACAAGGGAAUGACCUCUGUGGAUGACUUCUUUCAAGGAACAAAAGCAGCUCUGGCCGGUGGAACCACCAUGAUUAUGGAUCACGUGGUGCCAGAGCCGGAGUCCAGCCUGGCCGAGGCGCUGGAGCGGUGGCGGGAGUGGGCUGAUGGCAAGGCCUGCUGUGACUAUGCCUUGCAUGUGGACAUCCCACGCUGGAGCGACCACGUCAGGCAGGAGCUGCACGCCAUGGUCCAGGAGAAAGGUGUUAACUCCUUCAUGGUGUAUAUGGCCUACAAGGAUUUGUACCAGAUGUCCAACACUGAGCUGUAUGAGAUUUUCAGCUGCCUGGCAGAGUUGGGCGCCGUAGCUCAAGUUCAUGCAGAAAAUGGGGAUAUAAUUGCACAGGAACAAGCCAGGAUGUUGGAGAUGGGAAUAACAGGCCCUGAAGGUCACGUGCUGAGCAGACCUGAGGAGCUGGAAGCAGAAGCUGUCUUCCGGGCCAUCACUAUUGCCAGCCAGACCAACUGUCCUCUCUACGUGACUAAAGUGAUGAGCAAAAGUGCUGCUGACCUCAUCUCACAAGCCCGAAAAAAAGGCAUUGUGGUGUUUGGUGAGCCCAUCACAGCCAGUCUGGGGACUGAUGGAACACACUACUGGAGCAAGAACUGGGCGAAGGCUGCGGCAUUUGUGGUCUCUCCACCACUGAGCCCAGACCCAACCACUCCUGACUACCUUAACUCCCUCCUGGCCAGUGGCGAUCUGCAGGUGUCGGGAAGUGCUCACUGUACCUUCAGCACUGCACAGAAGGCCAUUGGAAAAGACAACUUCACGGCAAUCCCAGAAGGAACCAAUGGCAUAGAGGAACGAAUGUCUGUCAUCUGGGACAAGGCAGUGGCCACUGGAAAGAUGGAUGAAAACCAGUUUGUGGCUGUGACAAGCACUAAUGCUGCCAAAAUCUUCAACCUGUAUCCACGAAAAGGGAGAAUAGCAGUGGGAUCGGACAGCGAUCUGGUUAUAUGGGAUCCUGAUGCUGUAAAAAUCAUCACAGCAAAAACACAUCAGUCUGUGGCUGAAUACAACAUCUUUGAGGGGAUGGAGCUCCGUGGGGCCCCACUGGUUGUCAUAUGCCAGGGGAAGAUCAUGCUGGAGGAUGGCAACCUGCAUGUGACCCAGGGGACUGGACGAUUCCUGCCCAGCAGCCCUUUCCCUGACUACGUCUACAAGCGCAUCAAAGCCAGGAGGAAGAUGGCAGAGGUGCAUGCUGUGCCCCGGGGCUUGUAUGACGGACCUGUGUUUGACCUGACCACCACCCCCAAGGGGGGCACCCCUGCGGGGUCAACUAGGGAGUCCCCCACACGUCAGACACCACCUGUCAGGAAUCUCCAUCAGUCUGGAUUCAGCCUGUCAGGUACCCAGGUUGAUGAAGGCAUGCGCUCAGCAAGCAAGCGCAUUGUCGCACCCCCGGGAGGCCGCUCCAACAUCACCUCCCUGAGCUAAAUGUCCCAGCUGAGGAGGAAACAAAAUCCCUGUUCAAGCAAAGGAAGAAAAAUGGUACAUUGGUGUUGAAGAAUGAAAAGAAAUAAACCUGUUCUGAAGAAUCA